AUGGCGCGCUCCACGGCGCUGCUGAAGGCGGCAGUGGUGGCCUGCGCGCUGCUGGCCUUGAACCAGGCCUUCGUGGCGCCGGGUGCUAGCCCGAAACUGCGAGGUCAGGAGGCAGCGGUGGCUGGUGCCGUGCUGGCCGGACUCCCGGCCGCGCCUGCACUGGCAACGGACCAGGCAUCGGAUGCCAUCAGCCAGCAGGAGGCCAUCCUGAUCUUCCUCCCGAUCUUGUUCGUGUGGGUCCUGUUCUUGGACUGGGAGGGCAAGCAGCCAUCGGCCGAUGACGUGACGGGCUAUGGCUACAUGGGCAAGACCAUCGACGGCACGACCCCGGACCAGCCCACGUACUUCCGCCGCAGCCCUGAGAACGGAUAG